AUGAAUGGUAUUUGUUGUUGUUUUUGAUGAUUGAUCGAAUCAAAAAAUUUGAGUUUUUUUCAUUCUGUUCUUCUUGUUUACCAAAAAAAGCAUUCAAAUAAAUCCAAGAUGAUUAAGCCUUCAAACUCUAAACUUCGACCUUCGACGCCAAAUUCUUCGUCUUCAUCGUUGUCGUUACAAAAUCAGACAGACAAUUCAAAUGCCUGUAGCAAUAAUAACGGUAUAGCUAAUCCAUCGAUAGCCUAUUCAUCAUUUGCCAUUACACAUAAUAAUCAUUUGAUUGAAUAUUGUCGUACAUCAAUGUCAGCAUUGGCCGGUUCGACAGCUGGAAUCAUUGGUCUGACUUCAUUAUAUGGAUUUGCAUUUUACAUACUAAUGGUUGUCAUUCUAUGGUUAAUGAUCAUGUCGAAAGCCGGUCCAAAUUAUCAACGAUAUUUUACAUCGUCAUGGCAUGUAUUAACAAAUGGUUUCAUGGGUGGUCUUACUACUUAUGUUCUAUUCUGGACCUUUCUAUACGGCAUGGUUCAUGUUUAUUAGAAUUUGAAUUGGAUAAAUGAAUGUAUAAAACAAUGAUAAAUUGAUGCAAUUUCAUUUUAAUUUUUAAUUAAAAUUUUCACAUUUGAACA